AUGAAGAAACUUUUUUACGCGAUUUUUUUCUUAAAUUUACUAGCAUAUGCUAAUGGAAAUUUACGUUUAACAUUAAUGAAAUAUCCUUAUAACCCUGAAACAUAUUCACCAUAUACUAAUAUUUAUACUUUAUCAACUUUACCACUCGAAGUCAAAUAUCCUUCAUCUUUCUCAUCUAUGUAUUAUGGUUUAGGAUCAAAUAUUCUUCAACAUAGAUUAAAAAAAAAGAAAGGAUAG